GUGUGUGUCCACUUCGUAUACAUACACUGUCAAUUAUUGCAUCUCUGAUGUAAACAGAGAAUCACAAGAUCACUGCUGAUUUGCUGUUUGCCUGGACAUGGCUUAGUGACAUUACAGAUGAACUGCACAAGUGCAGUUAGGUCUUCUGAUCUGCUGGGAGAAGACGGCUUUCAUCUUUUGACUCAGUGGGACGUGCGACAGGGCUUCUCAUUGGCUAUGUCGACUAGUGACAAGACUUUGAAUAACACUCUCAGAACUCGAUAAACUGAUUUCUCCUAGCUCCCUCAGAAAUGUCAGCGUUUCUUCCCCAUCAAUGAGCUUGCGCAGCAAAUUGAAGGAGCGAGUCAGGCGUUCUAUUGUCAGAAAGAAUUCAGGAGAGUCAAAAAGAAAAAGUGUUUCCAAGGCUGGUUCAGCGAGCAAAAAACCACCUGUUCGGAGAGCUCGUCCAUUUGUGGAAGAGUUAGACAACAUCACACCAAGAACUCUUCUGAAACAAAUUAUUCAAAAUGAGCCGGAGGUAUCAAUCCUUGUGUCUCAGAGGUCAGAAGUGCAGGAGUCCAAAGACGCAGACAGGGAAAUGUCCUCUGAGCAAACACUGACCAGUGUGGGGAACUUGGACCUUAGCUUCCCUGAGUUACAGGAAGAUGAACAUGUGACUACAUUUGGAAAUGCUCGGAAGAAGUAUAGGAUAAGUGUUACACAGUUUGAAAAAGGAGUGGAGGAAAGACUGCCACAAACUCAAGAGAGCAACCUAAGCAAGAUGAUGGGUCAAAGUGGAAAUCAGUCUGUAUUUUCCCAGUCCCUCCGAACAUUUUUUGGCACCCCUGAACCAGAAGUUGUAAAGAAAAGAGGUUUAGCUCGCAGACCCAAAAAGUAUCGUUUGGUUUCAUUAAAAGACUUUGAACAAGGAGUAGAGCAUAACUUCCAGAUCCUAAAAGGCUCUCAAGACUGUUUUAUAGAUUCAACUGAAGAAGAAGACUCCUCUCCUCCAUCUACCCCCCCAAAUGAGAAUGCUGACAUGAAUACAGAAUUGUAUGAUCUUUCUCCACGGAAGAAUAAAUUGGGUCCCAUUUCUGACCUAGAAGGAAUAAAGGAACACAAACUGUCAUACGACAGUGGAGGAAAUGAGGAGCAGGAGAAAGCAGAAGAACCGAUGGAAUUGAAUGAUGAAGGGGUAGAGACUUCAAAGUACCAACGCCUACAAAAGUCUGAUAAACACCAGGAGGGUUUAAAUAAAGACCACGAAACAGAAGGUUUUGUAAGCGAGAAAACGGAAGACUUGCUGAGGAAAGCUGAUGGGGUUGGGGGAGAGAUGUCUAUAAAGUCUACAGCUUGUCUUGAUAUGGAAGAACAUCAGGUACAAAAGGAAGAGGCUGAAAGAUCUGCAGAAAUGAGUGAGGCUGAGGAGGAAGUGGUGAUGGGUACUCCAGUGAAAAACAUUUCCCAGUUUAGUACAGAAGCUCUCCAUGUCGCUAGGAUGACAGCCUCAAACAAGAAAAGGCAAGACAUUCGCCUCUCUUCAUCACGGUUUGACUCUUCCCAAGGUCGGAUAACAGAGGUUUUGCCUCAGACGCAAGAUUUUACAGAUAGUGUUUUUAUCAGUACAGGCACACAUUCCCAAAUCCAGAAUUCCAAUAUCCAAACUUAUUCUGAAAUCUCCAAAAGCCUCACAGAGAAAUCUCAGAAAACUGCAUCUGUAACAAAGAGGAGGAGUGAUCUGCAUUCACGAAGAGUAGAUACCAAAGAGCAGACUGUGGAGGAGACUGAUGAUGAAGAACCGGAGGAAAUGGAAGAGCAGUUUGAGGGGCCCAUGUCUACUAUCAAGUCAUCCUCUGUGUCCAUAUCAAAGAGGAAGAGUGUUCAGCUUUCCGUGGAAGAAGAAACCAAAGAACGGACAGUAGAAGAUGCUGAUAAUGAGAGAGAAGAGGGGGCAGAAAUUGAAGAGGGAGAAACAGAGAGUGAAGAAUUACGGACCACUUCUUUGACUAUAGAUAGACCCCGAACAAGCCUCACGGAGAAAAUUCUCAGAUCUGCUUCGAUAAAAAAGAGGGUGAGCAUUCAGCUUUCCGUCAGCAAGUUGAUUAAAGAGCAGACAGUAAAGGAGACAGACAUUGAGGGAGACGAGCAGGAUGUAAUGGGAAGAGAGGAGCCUGAGAGUGAAGAAUUACAGCCAGUACACAGCCCCUCUGCAGGCCACAUAGAGAAAUCUCUCAAGUCUGCCUCUGUAUCAAAGAGAAUGAGUGUUCAGGCUUCCCGUAGCGACCACACUAGAGAACAGGCGGUGAUGGAGAGUGAUGACGAGGCAGAAGAGCAAGAGAAAAGGAAAGAAUCAGAGAGCGAAGAAUUACAGCCCUCUCCUUGGACAGUAAAUAAAUCCUCCACAAGUCGUACAGAGAAAACUCCCAGAUCUGUGUCUUCCUCCAUAACAAAGAGGAUGAGCGUUCAGCCUUCACAAAGCAAACCGAUUAUAGAAAAGAUGGUGCAAGAGACGGACAGUGAGGGAGAGUUAGAGGAUGUAAUGGAAAGUGAGAAAUCUGAGAAUGAAGAAUUACAGCCAGUUUCCCGGGCAGGACACAGCCCCUCUGCAAGCCACACAGAGAAGUCUCUCAAGUCUUCCUCUGUAUCGAAAAGGAUAAGUGUUCAGCCUUCACGUAGCGAAGAGACCAGAGAACAGACGGUCAAUGAGAGUUAUGAAGAGGCAGAAGAACAAGAGGAAACUGAUGGGGACGAAUCAGAGAGUGAAGAAUUACAGCCAGUUUCCCGGGCUGGACACAGCCCCUCUGCAAGCCGCAUAGAGAAGUCUCUCAAAUCUUCCUCUGUAUCAAAAAGGAUAAGUGUUCAGCCUUCACGUAGCGAAGAGACCAGAGAACAGACGGUCAAUGAGAGUUAUGAAGAGGCAGAAGAACAAGAGGAAACUGAUGGGGACGAAUCAGAGAGUGAAGACGUAUCUAUUGAAGAAAACCAAAAGCCCUCUAAUGAACAGCAAGCACUUACCCCGUUGCCUGUCACACCAGCGUAUAUUAAAAAUAUUCACUUGAGGUUAGCCAAAAAGCCCCCACCUGUUGGCAAACGGGUCCAAAAGAAAAGAUCUAAAGAGGUCAACAAAAUGAAUCCAACGUUGCCACGGAGCUUUGUAAAGCAGAUGUUCAGUCAUUAUGCACAAAUGCGGGUGUCUAAAGAGACCUUCCAAGAUGUAGAAAAAUGCUUGGCGGUGUACAUGGAGCAACUGAGUGACGACCUAGCAGUGUACUCUGCUCAUGCCAAUAGAAAGACUGUAACUCGUGCUGACCUAGAGCUCCUGAUGAGAAGGCAAGGCCUGGUGACAGAUGCAAUGCCUCUGAAUGUUCUUAUUGAACGGCACCUACCUAUGGAAUAUAGAAAACUCCUCAUUCCCUGUGCUAUGAGUGGAAACAAGGUGUAUCCAAAGAUAUAGCAUCUGAAGAGUACAUUUCUUUGAUAAAUUAUUUUAAAUACAUUGUGUCUUUUGUAUUAUAUUGUAAGUAAAAUAUGCACUUUUCUUGGUUAAAAAAAAUAAAAAUAUAUUUGUAAGUAAAAUAUGCACUUUUCUUAAUUAAAAAAUAAAAUAUACAAAUAUUGAUGUAUCA